AUUUGUUAUUUAAUCAAAAUGUUAGGAAAUAGGACGAGGGACAUCAAACACGCGGAUAUGACAUCAACCAAACAAAGACAGACAGGCAUUGGGUUAACACGCAAGAUGUCAAGAAGGAAAAGUUCCAGUGCUUGUAAACCUGUUACCAACUUUCAGUCUGAUGCACAAGAAAUGUUGUUGGAUAGUGAUGGAAAAAAAAGAACAAUGACUGCCAAGAGACCUUCAAAAACGAACAAUAAAAAGAAAGGUUCCCAUGAAAAUAACAUUUCUGCAGUGAAUGGAGCACCUUUUAAUCCCUACUUUGAGCAUGAUGAAGCCUUUGAUUACAAUAGACGAGUAAUUAUGUGUCCAUUUAACUGUGUAUGCUGUAUUAAUUAUCAGUUGGGAAAAUCAUGUGCCUGCUAUGCCCAACGUGAAUCAGUGGCUGUACAGACUAGUGAACUAGAUUUUAUUAGACUGAAGUCAGAAACCAGUGAAUAUUUCACCAGAGGAGCAUUAGCCCAUUCUGUGAUGCAGAAAUACAUCCUCAAUACAAUUGAACAGUAUGAACUCAAAAGUAAGAGGGAUCUGUUAUUUGGAAAAGCAGUUAUUGAUGUGGUAAACAGUUUCCCAGACUUAGACAGCUCAAUGGAUAUCAAGAAUCAAGUCAGCAAUCGUAUGGCAAAAGCUAUUCGUUGGAAAAAGUUUUCAUUAAAAAGGAAGCAAAAAACAGCAAGUGAGUCAACCAUCAAUGAAGUCGAAGAAUGUGAAACUAAAAGGAAAAAUAGAGCUGCUGACAAGACAAAGAUGAAGAAAGAACAAGAAUCACAAGAAAAAAGAACAAAGGUCAAGUCUGUGUCAAAUGGAUCCUUACCUAAAAGAUGUGUUAUGUCUUCUUUCGAUAAAAAGGAAAACAAAGCAAAACAUUCUAAAGUUACAAGACCAAGAAGAGUGGUUUCUAAGUGAUGCUUGAUUUUAUAACAUCAUAUCUUAAAAUGUGAAAAUAGAGAAAGGUGCAUACUGCUAGAAAACUGUGUAAUAUACUGAUAUGCAGCCACGUUUCAUAAAAGCAUAUAUAAUGAAACAAUUACCAGCAUUUUGUGAUUCAACUUUGCUAUAUUUUUAAUUUGAGAUAUUGCUGUA